AGGGAGGAGGAGGGAGGGAGGGUGUUGCCUAGGAGGGUAAAGAGCCUCCCACCUCCCAUCUAAUUUCUCACUCCCAGCCAGACAGCCUUCGCUCCAGACCACGUCGGCUCCCCUCUCUCUGCAACGAUGUCUUCCAGGUACCCCGUCGGCCCCACAGAAACAGAACGUUGUAUAGAAUCUCUGCUGGCCAUUUUCCAACGCUACGCUGGCCGUGAUGGGAAUGCCAAUUCCCUCUCCAAGAAGGAGUUUGUGACCUUCAUGAACACAGAACUGGCCUCUUUCACAAAGAACCAGAAAGACUCAGCCGUCGUCGACCGCAUGAUGAAGAAACUGGACAUGAACAGUGAUGGACAAAUCGACUUCAGUGAAUUCUUAAACCUCGUUGGAGGGUUGGCAGAGGCGUGCCACACCCAUGUGAUGUCAUCGCCCACCAGCCAUACCCCCAAUAAACCAUGACCCGACCCGCCCUUUCUGACCCGCUGCUGAUGUAAUCCCAAACAUUCCAGAAUCCACACCUGCGUGAAACUUAAAGGUGACGUCAGCGGCAUCAUCUCAUGUUUAAGCAAUAAAACUAAAUACUACAAUA